AUGGGCUCCAAAGCCGAACGGGUCCAAGAAGCUGUCAGAGAGGCGAUCGUCGAAUACCAAGAAUUGAAUGAUUCAAAUGUACAGGUUGUUGGCGAGGAGCCCAGCCCGCUGGAGUUCAUGCGACUCGUUGCCCUGAAUCGUCCAUGUCUCAUCAAGAAAGGGGCAAGAAAUUGGACUGCAGUGCGGAAAUGGAACAGCAAAUACCUUUCCAAUGUAAUGAGAGAUGAGGAAGUCGAGGUUGCGGUCUCUCCAUUAGGGAACGCAGAUGCGCCUGUCAAGACCGAGAAUGGUGACUAUUGGUUCGUUAAACCAUUGGACAAAACCAUCAAUUUUGUCGCAGCUGUAGAACAUAUAAAGAUGGAGGAGGCAUCGGCAGAGCAAGGUCCACAUGUUCAGUAUUGCCAAUCUCAAAAUGAUAACAUGAGGAACGAAUACUCGCCUCUCCUCGAUGACAUCCCCCGGGACAUACCGUGGGCGAGAAUCGCCCUUGAAAAAACCCCUGACGCCAUAAAUUUUUGGCUGGGUCACUCGAAGAGCACCACGUCGCUCCAUAAGGACAAUUACGAGAAUGUAUAUGUUCAGGUUGUCGGAUCCAAAACAUUUACUAUCUUACCUCCCGUGGAGACAGCCUGCGUCAAUGAACAGAUGCUACCGACGGCAACCUAUGUGGAGGACAGUGAAGGAAGACUCGUUCCAACCUUGGAUGAUGACCCCAGCCCACGACCGUUUCCGCUCUGGGAUCCCGACCAGCCUGAGGAGAAUGCGUCGCCUCUGUCAAAAUAUGCCAGACCGAUAGUGGUGACGCUAGAGCCGGGGGACAUGUUCUAUCUACCCUCAAUGUGGUGGCAUAAAGUCGCCCAGAAGUGCGGAGAAGAAGGCAUAUGUGUUGCGGUGAACUACUGGUAUGACAUGAACUUCAAUGGUUCGUUGUACAGCCUUGAGAAGAUGGCGCAGGGUGUUUCCUGGGCAUUGUUCCAGGAAGAGGGAGACCAACGGAGGGAACAUGGGGAGAAACAAGAAUUGUGA